ACCAAACGAGCACGAAGAAAACGCAAGGCAAAGGUUAAGGAAUCAUGUUGUUGGUGCAAGCCUUGUACAAGGAAGGAACGAUCCCAAAAGAAGGAGGCCAAAAGGCGUGGGUUACGAUGGGUAAAAGACGGAUGGUGGAUACCGGCGGAGGAUUGUGAAAGGUUGAAGGGCUGGGACCCAUGGCCCGAGGCAACGGAGACGAGCGGCGAAAAGCAGGGCGACGGCGAUCGGCUAAUGGACGAAGGGCGCGCAUCGGCCCAUGAUGCGCGUGGUUGGACGUACCAAGAUGAUGAUACGCAAGCGGAAAACGAGCAGGCCACGGUGAUCGGCGAUCGGCGCACGGGCGAGACGGGAGCUGCUGGCAUGCCGCCUCGCAGAGAACCAGAACAUCAGGAGCUCCCUCAGGCCACAGUAGUUGCACACUUUCUUGACUACCAUCCAGAAAAGUUUUCCGGCCAAGGAGAUCCUCGUAUAGUGGAUGAAUGGGUUCUGGGCCUCGAGAUGAUUUUCGAGGUCAUGGACUAUCCUGAUCGAUAUCGUAUGUUAUGCGCACAAAUCCAGCUGACCGGUGAUGCCAGACUCUGGUGGAAUGCUUAUUGGAGUAUGCGUCCCGGCCAGAAACAAGGCUGUACAUGGAACCAAUUCAAGGAGUUGAUCCGUGGAAAGUACUAUCCUUCGUAUUACCGAGCAGAUAUGGAGCGCCAGUUUUUGGCACUCCGACAAGGUACUCGUUCUGUCGACGAGUGCGAAAGAGAAUUUACCCGACUCGGAUCCUUU